GUGACUGACCGCGACGUGGGGGGCCGGACGGCGCGCGGCCUCCUCAUGCGGGCUCCCUGCGGCGAGCCCGCCCUGCACGAGUCCCUGGAGCGCUACCAGCGGCGCCUCCGAGAGCGUGCUAGUGAAAGUAUCCAUCAACUGAAAUAUGCCUUAGAGGAAAGACAGUUUGCAACGGGUGAGAGUGAAGCUGGAUUUGAUCAGUCUUCUCUGGACAGAGGAGAUGAGAGAGAGAAUUCAGCGUGGCAGGAGCUGCAGCACAGUCAUGCAGUUAAUCAGCUUAAAGCUUUGCUGCAAAAUCAGGAAAGACUGGAGAGUGAAGCCUCCCCGUUGAGGAAGAUGUCCUUCUCUAGACCCUCUGAAGCAAAUGAAGAUUUACCUGCGCUUUCUGAUCUUGUUCCUAUAAUUAAUGAUCAGUCCCAGUACAUAAACCACCUAGAAGCUGAAGUAAAGUUCUGCAAGGAGGAAUUAUGUGGGAUGAAAGAUCGAAUACGAGUAGUUGUUCUUGAAAAUGAGGAACUCCACCAGAAACUGAAAUUUUUAACUGCAGAACACACUCUGAGAGAACAAACUCUCCUGGAUGCCUCAGCAAAUACUCAAAGCUCCUGGCCUGUCGAUGGUGAUGACUGUAGUGUGCAUCAGCCCAUCACCUCGUCACCUGUACGUAACAGAAAGCAGGCUUUGGCCUCGGCAGCAGUUGGAGAAAAAUGGCACUCAGAACUGGAAAAAUUGAAACUUCUUUAUCAAGAAAGAGUUGAUAUCCUUGAUGCUCAAGUACAGUCUCUGAGAAAAGAUCUUUCAGAAUCUCAGAAGACCUGCCAAGACUUGGAAGGAAGACUAAAACACCAGAAGUCACUCACUUCAACCACAAAUGCCACUCGGGUUGGUGGUCUGUGUCUGAAAUGUGCACAACACGAGGCUGUUCUUGCACAGACUCAUUCUAAUGUUCACAUGCAGACCAUCGAGAGGCUAACAAAAGAAAGAGAUGAUUUAAUGGAUGCCCUUGUUUCAGUGAGACGGAACCUGAGAGACUUGCAGCAAAGAGAGGCUAAUGCUUAUGAACAAGUAAAGCAAGCUGUGCAAAUGGCAGAGGAGGCAAAUUUGGAAAAAACAAAGGCUUUAGUCCAGUGUGAGCAGCUGAAAAGUGAGAUGGAACGACAGAAGAAUCGUCUUGAAAGGGAAUUAGUUGCCCAGCUAGAUAAGAGGAAUGAUGAAAAAGAAGCCGUGCGGGAAGAAAUGAAGAAAGAAAGGGAGGACUUGACAGCCAUGGUGACAGCUAUGUCUGAGAAUGUGGCCACGCUGGAAUCCCAGGUAGAGAGAAUUACAAGGGAGAAGAACUCACUAGCUAACCAGUUAGAAGAAACACAGCAUCAGUUUUCAUCUCGUGAAAUGGAGAUUAAUAAGGUGUGUGGAGAAAUGCGCUAUCAGUUGAAUCAAACCAAAAUGAAGAAGGAUGAGGCAGAAAAGGAGCUCAGAGAGUACAGAACAAAAACUAUAAGGGAGCUUGAAAUUAAGGACCAGAAAAUAGAAAAACUGGGAUUAGAGCUACAUGGAAACAAACAGCGUUUGGAACAAGCCCAGCAGGAUAUGACAGGAGCCAGAGAGGAGUGUCUAAAACUGACAGAACUGCUGAGUAAAUCUGAGCACCAACUGCACCUCACCAGAUUGGAGAAAGAGAGCAUUCAGCACAGCAUUAGCAAUGAAGCAAAGGCCCGAGCCCUUCAGGCCCAGCAAAGAGAGCAGGAGCUGACACAGAAGAUGCAGCAAAUGGAGGCCCAGCAUGAGAAAACUGUAAAUGAACUGGAUUCAUUGCUGACUUCCCACAAUACAUUUGUAGCAAAAUURAAGGAAGAAUGUUGUAUGUUGGCAAGGAAGUUGGAGCAAAUAUCAGAAAARUACAGAUCUGAAGUCAACCAGCUUAGUCAGGAAAAAGAGUAUCUUCAUGGCAGAUUGGAGAAGAUGCAGAAAAGGAAUGAUGAAUUGGAGCAACAAUGUAUCCAGCAUGGGAGGAUGCACGAGAGGAUGAAGUCGAGGCUGACCCAGCUGGACAAGCACUGCCAGGCCACGGCGCAGCAGCUAGUGGAGCUGCUCAACAAGCAGAAUCAGCUCUUCAAGGAGAAGCAGCUGCUGACAGAAGAGGUGCAGUUCCUGCGAGCACAGGAAAAAAAAUGGGAUGCAGAUCUCAAACAAGACACAGAUGGAAUCAAGUGAAAACCUGGAUGGAUAGAGAAACGAGCAGAAGAAGUUUUCCUCUCUGCCGGCUCUGCAACUUGGCCUUACUUGAAGCCCACCCAGACCAAUGUUUCCAACAGAGACACGCGUGCUAACUAUUUUCAACUGAUUUGUAGUUGUUUUUUUAACUACGGAAUGCAAAUAUUUCAGAAGCAUUACCAGCCUACCGCGUUCCCAGGAGGCACCUAAUGCAGGACUGUGCUGAAGUGGCUAGACCUGCAAGCCAGUUUUUACAGCUCUUACAUUCAUAUCUUGCACAUUUUUUUAUAAAUACU